CGCAUAUCGCAUUAGCCAAAACGAAAAUGGCCGAGGGCGACGCGCCAAGCGAUCUGCUCUUCGAAGAUGUCGUCUUCUCCAUGAUUCCCAGCGAAGAGCUCGAACAAUGGCAGGUCAAGGAGCUGAGCACAGCCAUCACCACCAGCGGCGGCCGACACGUCCCACUGCGCGAGCACGACCAGUCGAUCGACGACAUCGACCACGUCACCCACAUCAUCUCCACCCACGUCGACUUCCCACAGUACAGUCAAUGUCUCGACCGCGGCAUCUACGUCGUCAAGCCCAGCUGGGUGCUGACGUCGGUGCACAAGAAGAAGCAGACAUCGCCGCGCCAGCACAGCCCGGACCCGAGCCAGUACUUUCAAGAUGUCGUCGUGACCUGCGGAGACCUCCCUGAGGGCGACAAGGAGGCCAUUGCUGCGGGUGUCAUUGCUCUUGGUGGCGUGCACAGCUCCGGCCUCACGAAAAUCGUCACACAUCUCGUCACCAAUACUCUCAAUCACCAGAAAUGCCAGGUCGUGGAGCAGAAAGGACUCGACGUGAAGCUUGUCUUGCCGCACUGGUUUGACGCCUGUGUCAAGCUGGGCAAGAAGAUUCGAGAGAAGCCAUAUCUCUUCCCAGAUCCGGAGGUCAUGCGCAGGGUUAAUCUCUCUGCUCCACGACCGUCGCCAACGCCACAGCUGCACGGAGCGAGCUCUAUCAUCACUGCAGAGCAAUUCGGGAGCACACCUCCCCCAAGUCCUGCCAAGUCACGAUUGUGGCUCAAUGCCUUCAUGGGCAAGCGGGUCUACCUUGCUGAUGAUCUUGAGCUCUCUGACCAUCUUCGCACUACACUCGUCGGUCUGGUCGAACAAGGCGGCGGCACCGUCACGAACGAGGUUGACCUCUGUGGUAUCUACAUAGGCUACUUCCGCGAUGGGCCAGCAUACCUCCAAGCUUCCCGAGCAGGCAAAGAGGUCGCGAAUCUGGCAUGGCUGUAUCAUGUAAUCAAUCGCAACAAGUACACGAGCCCAUUACAGAAACUGCUCCACUACCCCGUCCCGAGAGGCGGAGUUCCCGGCUUCCAGAACUUGAAGAUCAGUCUGUCAAACUACUCCGGGGAAGCACGUACCUACGUUGAGAACUUGAUCAGAUUCAGCGGCGCGGAGUACACGAAGACAAUGAAACAGGACAACACCCACCUUAUUACAGCUCACAAGAAUGGCGAGAAAUGCGAGGCUGCUCAGGAGUGGAACAUCUCAAUUGUCAACCACCUUUGGCUCGAGGAAAGCUUUGCAAAAUGCGUCAUCCAGUCCAUUUCUAAUCCCAAGUACACCCACUUCCCAGCGCGGACGAAUCUAGGUGAAGUCACUGGCCAGACGAGUGUUGACAUGAAGAGCGUGGAACGCCAUUUCUUUGCCAAGUCAAAGUCGCCGCAGAAGCCCAAGCUUAAGGAGCAACCGGCCUCGAGAGAAGCUGUGCCAGUCUCAAGCACUCUGAAAUGUGCUGCGCCGGUCUCCGAUGCCAUGGAUGUGGAUGUUCCGCCGCCGGUUGAGGAAGAGGAUGAGCCUCAAGAGGACGAGGAGCACGCGGACGCUGAACAGCAACCAGCAUCAAAGACAACCCAGAAGUCGAGGGGCCGGCCACGCAAGUCCGAUGCAGCAUCGGUCGCCACGCCUCGACUCCCCAGAGAGAACAACUCGCCUAUGAUCACGAGCACUGGCAGAGCGUCAAAGCAGAAAGCUCUCAGCAGUCUCCACACGCAAGCCGAAGAUAUCGCAUUGUAUCAAAAGGAAAGCAAACGGAAGGGUGGCGUUGUAUAUGGCGGCAGACGCGCCAGUCACGCAGAUGACUCUGUGUCAUCUCCUGCUCCUGCCAAUCGCACUUCGAAGAAGCGAGCCAGCGACGAGUACGAGGCUUCUGCUUUAGAUCCUGAUCUUAGCGACGGGGAGACACAACAAGUCGGCAGCAAACAGAAGAAGGCCAAGACUGCAGCCUCGCCGAGGCUCCCUGAAGUGAAGUACAAGAUGAUGGUCACUGGCGACGAUCGUUGGGUCGAAAAUACUCGCAAGGAGAAUGCUGACAAAAGCAUACUCCGGCAGCUUGGUGUGGAACUCACGACAGAUCCAAAAGAUGUGGACAUUCUGGUUGCUCCAAAGCUGUUACGCACCAAGAAAUUCGUUUGCGCACUCGCCGGGGCACCUCUCGUGGUCGAUACAUCCUUCUUGGACACUGCAUUAACAAAGAAGAAACUCAUCGAGGAUCCACAUAUGCUGAAGGAUCGCGAAGGUGAAGAGCGACUCGGAUUCAAAUUGACUGAAUCACUCGAGCGCGCAGAGGUCAAUGAUCGCAAGCUCUUCCGCGGCUGGUCGAUAUACGUUACUUCUGAUGUCAAAGGCGGAUUCGACACCUACAAAGACAUUAUCAAGCUUAACGGUGGCAAUGCUUUUGAAUACAGAGGUCGAACAGGCAUGAAGUUUCCCAAACGCCAACCACUCGAAGACGAUUCCGACGCUGGAGCAGAAUCACAAAAUCAGGGCGAGGACUCCGGAUUGAAUCGCGUCUACCUCGUGUCAGGCCCCAGCGAUGCAGAAGUCAAGCUCUGGAAGACUUUCAGAAAUGAAGCAAAGAAGCAGGCUCUGGAAGCUCGUGUUGUUACGCCGGAUUGGCUGCUGAACUCUGCUCUCAGUCAGCAAAUUGUGUCGGGAGACAAGUUUCUGCACGACCAUGAGUCCCUGACGAGCCAACGUGCUGGUUGAGUAGCCCAUAGGCUUUCUUUGUACAUGAUAAUAUGGGAAGCGAAUCGUUGACAGUACAUCUUGCAGGUUUCGCGUGGGAUUUUCGACCUCUGCUGAGGAAGAGAUGUGCGGUCGGGAGGAAUGACUUUGGGAGCAUUGUCAGGAAGCGUGUGCGCUUUUCGAUGGAUGAUGGGGCUUAGGUUGAUAUUAGCGAUGGCGCUGUUUGAUGCAAAUAUGACGAAUUGAUGGCUCUGCUGAAC